CAACAACACGGCGGUCCAGCUGAGAGCUAGCUGAAGUGAAUACCGGUCGUAACUUCGCAAAAUCUGGGAUUUAAAAUAGUUGUCAUUCGGACCCUCGUGGUUAAAGGGUCUUAGUAGACGGAUAAAUGUCUGAUGCAGCAGAGCUUCCUAAAAAAGAAGAGGAGGAGGUUACACCUGAACCAGAGGAACAAUCUGACGACGACAGCAGUGGGGAAGAGGCAGCAGGAGACACCGAGAUGGACUUUCUGCGCAACCUCUUCUCCAGCACCCUGGGCCUGGGCUCAGCAGAGAAAGUCCUGGAUGAGCUGACCCUGGACGGGGUGGCGCGAUACAUAAAGAGCGGCAAAUGUAAAAACAUCAUCUGCAUGGUUGGAGCAGGAAUAUCCACAUCGGCUGGGAUCCCUGAUUUCCGCUCACCAGGAACUGGCUUGUAUGCAAACCUGCAAAAAUACAACCUGCCUUACCCAGAGGCCAUCUUUCAGAUAGAUUACUUCAAGAAACAUCCAGAACCUUUCUUCGCCUUGGCCAGGGAGCUCUACCCAGGACAGUUUAAGCCCACAAUCUGUCACUACUUCAUAAAGCUGCUGAAGGACAAGGGGUACCUGAGACGCUGCUACUCACAGAACAUUGACACCCUGGAGCGCGUGGCCGGGCUCGAGGGAGAGGAUCUAAUUGAAGCUCAUGGAACGUUCUACACGUCCCACUGUGUCAGCUUCUGUUGCCGCAAAGAGUACAACCUGGACUGGAUGAAAGAGAAAAUCUUUUCUGAUGACAUCCCUAGAUGUGAGAAGUGCAGCAGUUUGGUCAAGCCAGAUAUCGUCUUCUUUGGAGAGAACCUACCUGUCCGAUUCUUCACCUCAAUGAAGAUGGACUUCCCUCGCUGUGACCUUCUCAUCGUCAUGGGGACGUCUCUGCAGGUCCAGCCGUUUGCAGGCCUAGUCGGCAGGGUUUCAAAGAGCUGCCCCAGACUGCUCAUUAACAUGGAGAAGGCAGGGCAGGCUGAUCCUCUGUUUGGGUUGCUGGGUUUUGGAGGAGGGAUGGACUUUGACUCAGACAAGGCUUACAGAGAUGUAGCUCACAUCAGCACAUGUGACGAAGGCUGUUUGGCUCUAGCUGAUCUGUUGGGAUGGAAGGCAGAGCUGGAGGAGUUGGUGAAGCGGGAGCACGCCAGGAUCGACAGUCAGGAAAAGAAAGAGAAGGCGGGCGAGAGCAAAGGAGCCUCAGCCAAGCCGAGCUCUGCAUCAGUGGCACCAGAGCCCAAAAAGGAAGAGUAACUAAUUAAAAAGCUUCUGUUUGAAGAAAAUCUACUGUAGUGAUGUCACAGUUUGGAGUGAAGUGAAGCUUCGAUGGGUGUCUGCCACACUCUCAUUUUCCAUCUGAGGACAUUUAAUUCUUCUGAACAGUCUCACAGGGCGUGUGACAUCCCUGUGUUUUAUGCUUCUGUUUAUAUCAGUCAUUUGCACUUUACCGACAUUAACCUACUUUCCUAAUUUUUUUUUUCCUUAGCUCACAUCUGUCUCAGUUAUAUAUUUCUUUCUGAGGCAGCUAACUCUAUGCAUGGGCAGAUAGACGGUGGCGUUGUUCAAGUAUAGCUGAUGUUUACAGAUCUCACAGAGCGUGGAAUGUGGUUAACAUCUCUAAAAGCCCGGCAGUGUUAUCACACAGACUCUACAAGUGUGUGAUCAUGACUUUGCUGCGUUACAGAAAAGCUACGAUGUUGUCUUCAACUAUUGAACACAUCUGAUGAGAGAUUUGGGCCAAACCACUUCCAUUUUCCUUCCUUUAAACAUCUUAUUUCAGUUUAAGAUCCCCCAAAAGAUUACCAGGCUUGUGUGUUUUAUCUGUCAUCUCCGCAAGCAGAAAUAAGUUGGUCGCAUUGGUCAAUGACAUCUUAAAGGUGUCAAAUAUAUCACAAAGUGAACUUCCUGGUAGGGGAGCUGAGGAAGUUGUAAAUAUAACAGUAGGACUAUUGGUCAUGUGGAAGUUUUAAAAUGUUUUCAAUUAACAUUGUUUUUCAUGUUAACCUUCUGCUCCUGUUUGAUUUUAGUUCUGUUUUUUUUUUUUUCUUUUAACAAUGUUGUUGAGGUUGUUUAUGAGGCCAAAUUAUGUUUUCCUAAUCUCAUGGUGCAACAAACAAUAGUAACUUUGUUCUCACUUCAGUCAGGACUGUAAUUGAUUUUGCUUUUUAAAUCACUAGGGAUAUAUAGAGUGCUGCAGAAACGCAAAAUGGAUAAAAAAGACUUGCUUAAAUAAGGUGUAAUUAAAUACAAAAAGAAGUUGAUUCAUAGGAAGCUGUUUGAGCUAGCUAAACAAGCAUGAGUUGUUGGAUCAUGAAAUGUAAAAUACAGGGGGUGGACACGAUUACAUCACCAUCUGUACAAAAUAAUGGAAACCAAUACUGCAAUAAAUUUGACCUUUGUAAA